UUUUUGAAAAAUAAACUUUUCUAUCUUGGCUUUUAGCAAGCAAAAUACAUUAAAAAAAACCAGUGUAUGCCAUUCUGAAAAAGAAAUGAAUGACUCCUUGAAAUACUCAUAUCCUGCAAUACUGCUUGGCUGACCAAGAAGAAUAAUUAUGAUUUUUUUUCUUUUUACUUUAAAAUUGUGAAUUUUCUUGUAGAUGCUUUUUUUAAUGGCUCAACAGUUUAAUUUCCUCCAAGAGUGAUUCUUUGUCUUCUGUUGUUACAAGGUAAAAAUUACAAGUGCUGGUAACUGAAACUGUGUCUGUGGCAGAACUGUGACCUUUGGAGGGUCAUGAGGGGUUUGUGGCAAGUUGUCUCUGCAGUUACCAAAGGAGGAAGAGUGAAAGGUUGAUAAUUCUUGAACUGAUAUGGGAAGGUGGAGAGACCCUACUUAGCUGUAGAGGAUUCAGUUUAAUAUUACUAGUCUAAGAUUUUAUUUUCAGCAUAAGACACGCUUUAAUUGUUCUAAAAACAAAUAAUGUUUGUUCACUUUCAUUACAGAGGUAGCGGUAAAACCUGGUGCUAAUUCAUUAGAUGUGAAGUGAGUAGAGCAUUGAGCCUGGAUAAGUUCUAGAUUCCCCUUGCUUGGAAGUCAGGGACAGCUCAUAACUGAAAGUUUCUUGUGAAAAUACUGCUCUGAAGUUAUGGACCCAUUUUUUUGGUAGUUUUAAGUCACUGUGCUUACUUAGGAUGUGUGUAGCUAUUCCCCUUUUUUUGUUUGUUUUUUAAAAAAAAAGUCAAGAAGCAGAAGAAGAUGUCAAAUGUAAGUAGAUAGCAGUGUUAGUUUGGUAGGUAGGACUUUACAGAUUUGCUGAAAUGAAGUUUUGAUUGCUUAUAUUCUGUUUACAGUCCUUGGGUUUUCCAACACCUUUUGGCUUUGCUUACAGAGCGUCUGAACUGCUCAAUAGACUUGAGCUGUAGAAGUUGAACAAGAAAUAGUUUCAUCUUAGCUGAAAGCUAUUAGUAUUGUAAUAGCUGAAGUUUAUUUUUAUGAAGCUGAACUGAUCUAGUUAAGUACAGAUAGAAGUACUUGUUAAGUUGUGUACUGUAAUAACAAAAGGACUGCUGUGAGGAAGUGAAUCCUAUGGGCUGCUGUUCACCAGGACUAGUUCUUAUGGCUUGCAUACUGAGCUGUUUCUGUGUUUUUUGCAGCCUCACAUACUGCUCUUCUUCAUUCCCAGCUUUCUUGCAAAUUGCUUUUGUCUGAUCAAGCUGAAUCUGUUGGAUGAUGUUAUCCAUUUAGUGAUCUAUCUUAGUGCAUCAUAGAUCUGUCCACUCCUAGUGCAGUCAUCAAUAAUAGAUCUGAAACAGCCAUUCAUUAACAUGAUGUAGCUGUACUGAAGGUUCUAAACUGACCCUAGCAAUUUAUAACAAAGUUCACGGAUCGAAGAAAUGUAGAUCCUUCCAUCUCUAAAUGUUGCAUCUGUUUUUCCACCUUAAACUCUUCGUUAUUGUCUUGUUCAAAUGCUAACAUUAGUAUUGAUAGUUGGCUCUCCUUACAUCUCUUCUUGCCUAUUUUCCCCUUUUAUAGUCUUACUCCUUUAGUUUCUUCCAAGUCAGUGGCAUGCUUUCUACUGCUGGCUGACUGUUUCAGAUCUCAUGGAAACCUUUCUUUUUCACUCUUCUCUGUAUUUUUAUUUCAGAUAUCCUUUGAACUUAGAUUGUCUCCAUGUUCUGUUCCUGUGUUGAUGUAUUUUUGCACGGGAGAGUCUGUGACAGUGACAUUAUUUCCUUGUCAAUUUUGGAUUGCCAUUUCCUAUCUUUCUGACAAGCCAACUUUUUUUUUCUUCCUUCUAUUCGUGUCUCUUGUAUCUUUCCCAUUAUCAGUCUCUAUUUCAGGCUCUGAGGUAACUUAAAUUGUGCUUGCGUUCCCUCUCAGGACAAAGCUUUUAAACUAUUACACAUGACUAUAGUGGAUGUGUGCUGUGUUUGCGGAACUUGGCCCUAACCUAAUUAAAACAGAAAGUGUCUGAACGUGGGAACAAGAGAAACCCUGACCAGCUGUUAUGGAGAAUAUCUUCAAAGAAACUGAGGGAUUUUAUGCUGAUAUGAAGCCUCUCGGCCCUCUGACCAAACCCUCACCUCAGAGAGUAGAACUUAGCCACUGGGAAAGACUCCUGUGCUGAUACUGCAAUGCCGAGUCCCAGCUUGACCAGUGUGAAGAGCUGUCCUUUGAAGAAGAGGAUCUAUUUCCUGCUGAAACUCGUGUGCUUUGUCAGCUCUGUGCUGGUAUUUUGUGAAUUUUUCAUUUAUUACAUGGUAAUUUUUCAAUGUCGAUGGCCGGAUGUGAAAGGUGGGGCUCACACAGGUAAUGAAGAGACCUCAACUUCAGUCCUGAAGGCCAUGUUUUUAGCUGAUACUCACCUGCUUGGUGAAAUCAAAGGACAUUGGCUGGAUAAACUACGAAGGGAAUGGCAAAUGGAGAGAUCUUUCCAAACUGCUUUGUGGUUACUGCAGCCAGAUAUUGUUUUUAUUCUGGGAGAUGUCUUUGAUGAAGGAAAAUGGGACUCACCUCAGGCAUGGGCAGAUGAUGUCAGGAGAUUUCAGAAAAUGUUUAAGUAUCCAGUUAGUACUGAGCUGGUGGUUAUUGUUGGGAAUCAUGACAUCGGGUUUCAUUAUGAAAUGACCACUUACAAGGUACAUCGAUUUGAAAAAGUUUUCAACUUUACUUCAGGAAAGCUAAUAACUCGAAAAGGAACAAACUUUGUCCUCGUGAACAGCGUGGCCAUGGAGGGCGAUGGCUGCACCCUGUGCCGCACUGCAGAGGCGAAGCUGGUGGCGCUUUCUCACAGACUGAACUGCUCCCAGCAGGAACUGAACCAUCCCGAGAAGAGGUGCAGUGAUGCAGAAAAGCCUCCAGCUUCACAACCAAUCCUUCUGCAGCAUUACCCUCUCUAUCGGAAAAGUGAUGCAGAAUGCAGUGGAGAAGAUGCUGCCUCUCCGAAGGAGAAGACCAUCCCAUUUAAAGAGAAGUACGAUGUGCUGUCUCAGGAAGCAUCACAAAAGCUGCUGUGGUGGUUCCAUCCCCGCCUGAUUCUCAGCGGGCACACGCACAGCGCCUGCCAAGUGCUGCACGCGGGGGGGAUCCCGGAGAUCAGCGUCCCGUCGUUCAGUUGGAGGAAUAGAAACAACCCUAGUUUCAUCAUGGGCAGCAUAACACCAACUGACUUCUCCCUCCACAAAUGCUUCCUUCCACGUGAGAGCAGAGUCUUCGCUAUAUACUGGGCAGCAGGAGCCCUGCUCGUCGUCCUGGUGCUAGCUCAUUUUCAGCUUCUCACUCCACCAUUUUAUUUUGCUCAGCGUUUAAUCAGUAAGCAUAAAGCAGCAUGAAGAGCCAGACAUCUGCAUUCAGUCACUGAAAUACCAAAGCUGAGAACAGUCAAACAUCAGACUAUAUUCAUGCCAGCAAAUGACCUAAAUUUGAUUGCUAGUCUGAAGGCAGGUUGCAUUUACACAUACCAUAGAAGUCCUAUACAGCUGAUAUGACUACUACAGGAUAAAUAAUUAACUGAAAUGAACGUUCCAUGCUGUACAAAAAUACUGUAUUCUACAAUCAAAUGAGUCCUUUUCCUGCUAUAAUUUUUGUAUCAAAUAUGUAUAUUAAAAGUGUAACUGUACAUUA